AAUGUCGACCAUUUUUAACGCAAUAUCCGGUUGUGCAGCAGCCAUUUUGUCUGUUCAUGCAAGUCAACCCCACACGGUCAGGAACUGCAGUUCCCACUUGGAAAACAAUAAUAAUAUUACUGUUUGACUCGUUUUAAUGGUACUUUAUGGAAACUGAUAAAGGCUGAAAAUUAUCUGGUCAAAUUUUAAGUUCGAGGAGGCUCCUCCCUUCGGCUUAGGUUUUUGUUGUGUUAGCGCUAUCAAAGCGUGAUAUGUCGUGCGAGGAGAGCUACAUAGCCAUCCGGCGGUAUCUGACCGACGAGCGGGAGCCAUACGCGCCCGGAACGCAUGGUAAUACAAAACGAAAGAUACGUAAGGCAGCAGCUUGUUAUGUCGUGCGGACCGGAAUUCUGUACUACCAGCGUCGACAGAAAGGCCAACAUGAAUUCACCGAGCUGGAAGUUGUCUUACAGGCCGGACGAAGGAAGGAACUUAUCGAUGAAGCGCACAUCACUGUCGGAGGAGAACACCUCAACCAACAUCAAACUUGGGAAACCAUCUCACAAAAAUACUGGUGGAGGGGUAUUCUAAAGCAAGUGAAGGAUUAUAUAAGAGAAUGUACGCAGUGUCAAAGCAGACAGGACCGCGGCCGAGGUUCCACCGAGGACGGCAUCAGUCAGGGGUUUGGUGGGCGACCCGGGAGACGCAGAACUAUCGCUGUGGAAGUUAGCGAUGAAGAUGAAGAUGAGGAUGAACCGGAAGACCUGGACUUUGUUUCGCCCACCCAGUCCAAAUCGAAGAAUCCUCGAGGAGUGGACAAGCAUGAACUGGUUUUUGUGGACUCAAAAGGUGUCGUAAAGCAGUUUCUGCCCAAGCAUGGUCAGUCCAUGUUAGACAAACUAAACCAACAGCGCCUCAAUAACCAGUUCUGUGACAUCACCCUUUUGAUCGAGGGGGAAGAGCACCGUGCUCACAAGGCCGUGCUGGCCGCUUGCAGUGACUACUUCUAUGAGCUGUUCAUUGAGAAAGGUGCCGCGGCCAGUCAUGAGGCAGUUGUGGACCUCUCAGGCUUCAGUAAGCCCAGCAUCUUGCCUCUGUUGGAUUUUGCCUACACCUCUAACCUGACGUUCAACUUCUGCGUGAUGGCAGAGGUCGCUACGCUGGCCCGCCACCUGCUCAUGGCCGAGGUGCUGGAGAUCUGUGAGUCGGUGCACCGGCUGGUGGAGGAGAAGAAGCUCACAGUCUACCAGAGGGGCGACAUCCACACGGUGGUGUCCACUCAGACUCUGCCACAGCAGCCUCUCACCGGGCAGCCCGGGACCUAUAUGGUGACCAUGCAGAGUGAUGGCCAGGCUGUGGUCACCCAUACUGGGGAUGCAGAUGCUGAACAGCCCCUAGCUGUAAUUGCACAUCCAGAGGGGGCUGAAGCUGGAGAGACCCUUGCUCUGCUGGCUCAAGCUGAGCAGGUUGGUGCUGGAGAGUCCCUGACGCUCAUAGCCCCCAGUGAGGACAGUGGUGCUGGUGAGACCAUGACUGUGAUCACUCACAGCGGGCAAGCGGGAUCAGGCGAGUCCCUGGCUGUGGUUCAGGCCUGCUGGAAAGUGGACGAGCCACAGGGCGAUGUCUCGGCUCUGCCCGAGAGCAUGGAAACCGGUCCUUUCCUCAUUAGUGUGGACACGGGGAAAGAGGUCUCCCCUGAGAUGGUGCAGGUGACCGCCGCAGCACCACCUGCAAAGAAGGAAGACUCUCUGGCCGAUGUCCAAGAGCUGCCUACUGAGCCUGACCCAGCACCUCCUCCCCCGAAGAGGAAGCGAGGGCGUCCAGCCAAGGUCAAACCUGAGCCUGUGCCCGUGGUGGAGCCUGAGGAGGAGGUGGCUCCAGAGCCAAGCCCGGUAGCUCUGGAGGAGGCGCAGGAGAGCAGCCCGGAUGACCCCAAUAGGAGACGCCUGCGCCAGCGCUCCAUGGGCAAGGGAGGCUACGUGCGCCUCCACAUGGGGCUCGAGCAGGAAGAGGACGAGGACGAGGAAAGGAAAGCCCCUGGAACUCCACGCUCCAGCACUGUGAAGGCGACUCCGAGGGCGGUGAGGAGGGGCCCCCGUGCGGCUCAGGCCGCUAAGAAGAGCGACUCUGAAGAGACGGCAGCAGCGGCGGCGGCGAUGGCGGCGGCUGCUUCUGAGGAUGGGCCUGUUUCAGAGGGGGCCGAGCAGACAGAGGACCAGACAGAGGCGGUGCCGGUGACGGAGGAGUUGGGGCCAGGUGGCGAGGAGGCGACGAGAAGUGUGCCGGAAAAGCCGGAGGAUGCGUCGGAGCAGGAGGGCGCAGUGGACGGAGAGCACACCUGCAGCGAGUGCGGCAUGGUGUUCCAGCGGCGCUACUCGCUUAUCAUGCAUACGCUCAAGCACGAGAAGUCCCGCGGAUUCAAGUGUGGGUUGUGCAACAAAGACUUCCAGUAUGCAGCGUCGCUCAGAGCUCAUAUGGCCCGGCACAGGCACCAGAAGACCCAGCGGGCCUCGCUGCCCAGGCCGGUAACCGAGGACACCCUCGAGGCCGAAGAGGGCGAGGAAAAGCCCAAGCCGCGCACCAAACGGGAGUUCGUUUGCGACAUCUGCGGCAAGACGCUGCCCAAGCUCUACUCGCUGCGCAUCCACAUGCUGAACCACACGGGCGUCCGGCCGCAUGCCUGCCGCGUCUGCGGCAAGACCUUCGCCCACAAGCACAGCCUGAAGAUGCACCGCGCGCUGCACGACGCCGCCAAGCAGUUCCACUGCACCAUCUGCCAGAAGUCCUUCGUCAGCAAGCGCAGCCUAGAGGAGCACACUAGCAUUCACACAGGGGAGUCCAAAUACUUAUGCACGACGUGUGGGAGGUCGUUCCACCGGGCAUCAGGCUUGAGCAAGCACCUGAAAAGACACCAGCCCAGGCCAGAAGUGCGCGCCUACCAGUGCUCACACUGUGAUAAGAGUUUCUAUGAAGCCAAAGACCUGCAGCAGCACAUGAACAAGCAUCUGGGCCUGAAGCCCUUCCAGUGCCAGGUGUGUGGGAAGUGCUACAGCUGGAAGAAAGACUGGUACUCCCACGUCAAGUCCCACACGGUGGCCGAGCCUUACAGGUGAGCUAGCCCCUCACAGGUAGCUCUCCCUACAGGUGAGCGCCUGUCUCGUGUCAGUCAUCCACUGGCGGUGCAGGCACUGGCGUGAUCAUGUUUUCUGUGGUCUGAGCUCAUUCCGUCUGUUUGUAACAAAGCCUGGUCAGAUCAGGAGCAUUGUUUUGGAGUUUUGGA